GGGGCCGAAAUCCAGGGAUCCAGGGCUCGUCAUGCGAAGCGAGGCCGCCAAGCAGUGUCAGAUUGACCGGAACCCCGGGGCACCCGGGGAGCGGGGUCGCGGGCUGGCCUGGAACCCGGGCCUCGGGUGCCGCCGCUGCAGGAGCCGCGGGCGUCCGUGCGACCGGCUCAGCUGCCGAAACUUAGGGGCCCCUCUCCAGGCGGGCGGACUUGGGGGCAAGGGCGACCUGUAGGUUCUGCAGGAAGACAGGGGCUGCGGGCUGGCGGGUUCCGGGCGGGACGGCAGCAGGGGAUGAUCCAGGACCCGAACGGGAUGCAGCCCACUGCGACCGGGAGCCUCCGGUGAGUGGUGCCUCUCGCCCCAGGGAUGUACAUGCAGGUGGAGACCCGCACCGGCUCCCGCCUCCAUCUGAAGAGGGCUCCAGGCAUCAGGUCUUGGUCCCUGUUAGUUGGAAUCUUGUCGAUCGGCCUGGCUGCUGCCUACUACAGUGGGGAUAGUCUGGGCUGGAAGCUCUUCUACGUCACGGGCUGCCUGUUCGUGGCUGUGCAGCACCUGGAGGACUGGGAGGAAGCCAUCUUCAACAAGAGCACAGGGAAGGUCGUGCUGAAGACAUUCAGCUUGUACAAGAAGCUGCUGACUUUUUGCAGAGCAGGCCACGACCAAGUGGUGGUCCUGCUGAAUGACAUCCAGGAUGUGAAUGUGGAGGAGGAGAAGGUCCGGUACUUCGGGAAGGGCUACGUGGCGGUGCUGCGCUUUGCAACAGGCUUCUCCCACCCCCUCACCCAGAGUGCCAUCAUGGGCCACCGCAGUGAUGUGGAAGCCAUCGCCAAGCUCAUCACCGCCUUCCUGGAACUGCACCGCCUUGAGAGCCCCAUGGAGCUGUCUCAGAGCAGCGACAGUGAGGCUGAGGGCCCCGGGCGCCAGAGCUGACGCCCACAGAGCCCACAGAGCCCCCAGCCUGGGUUCUGACGGCGCCCCCAGAGGCCUCAUGGGCUGCUGGCAAGUGUUCCUCUUCAGCCCCAGGCCAGGCCUUUGGCCAUCCCUGCUGCUUGCUUCUGCCCUCUGAACAAAACCACAGGCUGGGCCUUCCCUGCAGGCCUGAGGUGUCCGGGAGGCACGGGCCCAGAUCCGCCUCCUGGAGUCACAUGGUCUCUGCCAGCGCAGUGUGGGUUGUGAGGGUGACAGGCAGCAUGGCCUGGUCUGGACAGACCCACCCCACAGCCCGCCAGCCAGAGCCUCUGAAGUAGGAAGGGCACCAGGCUCCCCACGGCGUUGGGCCGGGCUGGGGGGUGGUUUGCCAGCCCCAGUUCUAUAGGAUUUCAGCUCCCAGGGUACAGGGAGGCUUCAGCAAGCGAGGGAACAGCCUGCAGCCAGGUCAGGCUCCAAGGAUGCUUGCACUGGCUUGUCCCCAGGAAUCCCAGUGUCUCCCCCAUCCCACCAGCAUCCCUUCUCUGGUUGGAUGGCCUCAGUGGGGCUUGUCCACUGGCUGCCAGGCUGCAGCCGCUCCCGAGGCCUCCCCAGUGCAGCCUGCUCUGCCCCCAUGGCGCGUCCAGGACCCUAAAGGACUCCAGUCAGGCUGUCACAGCACCUAAGCAAAGGCAUCUUGGCUAGAAAAGGUCUCUUCUAGUCUUGGGCAGUGCUUAAAAACCAGGCCUCUCUCAGAAAUGAGAUUUCCAGCUUUUCUUGAACCCUGGGAAGACCUGGCAGUUGAGCCCCUUUGUGUGUGGCAGGAAGUGGGUUGGGCUCACUGCCACCUCUGGGCCUGGGCAGCUGCGACUACCCCGAGCUGGGUCCCCAAGGGCACUCUGAGAGGCGCUAAGGAGGCUGCGUGGGAAGGGCUGGGCAAACCCAGAAGGCAGUGCCGCCCAGACCCCAGGCUGCGGCCCUCUGUCUGAGAGUGAGGACAUUCAUAAGGGCUCUGGAGAAACCCCCCUCCCUUCUCAGCGUGGCCACCUACCAGCCUUUGUUUAGGAACACAGUCAUUUAAACAUGCCAAAGUUAGGCUUUUAAAUGGUUAAGUCUGAAAUGCUUUUGUUGCUGAAGUAAAGUGUGAAAUGCUGUAA